GAGGAGUGAGAGCUCUCUCUUUCUCUUUCUCUCUCUCUCUCUGUCUAUCUCUCUCUCUCUCUUUGCACUGUUUCACCCUCACACACACACAAACACACUCUCUCUCUCUCUCUCUCUCUCUCUCUCUCUCUCACACACACACACGGCGAGGGAUAGACAGGGAGAGAGCACAGAGAAGUGGAGAGAGAAAGGAUUUUCAGUGGUCAGACUCUAAACCGCAUCCCGUCACCUCUCAAAUGAAUCGGACUACAGCGAGCGACUUGUUGUGUGCAUCCGGAGACCUGUUGUUUGUUUAAAUGUGUAUGGUUAUAUUUGCUCCGCUUUUUGCCAUCUUUGCUUUCGCAACAUGUGGAGGCUACACUGGACAGCUGCGGGUUAGUGUGGACUGUGUCAACAAGACGGACAGCAAUCUCAGCAUCACCAUUAAAUUCGCCUACCCAUUCAGGCUGAAUCAGGUGACCUUCAAUGUGCCUACGUGUGAAGGCAGACAGCAGGAGGAGCUCCACCUGGACGGAGACUUCUCUUCCUCUGCCGAGUUCUUCGUCACUAUCGCCGUCUUCGCCUUUCUCUACUCGCUGUUUGCCACCGUGGUCUACAUCUUCUACCAGAACAAGUACAGAGAGAACAACCGCGGCCCUUUUAUCGACUUCAUAGUGACGGUGGUGUUCUCCUUCAUGUGGCUGGUGGGUUCAUCUGCCUGGGCCAAAGCUCUGUCAGACGUGAAGGUGGCGACGGACCCCGAUGAAGUGCUUCUGCUCACGACUGCGUGUAAAGUGCAGACCAACAAGUGUGGCUCGGUAUACGGGCCAGUCUGGUCCGGCCUCAACACCUCUGUGGUGUUCGGCUACCUGAACUUUGUCCUCUGGGCUGGAAACAUCUGGUUUGUGUUCAAAGAGACUGGCUGGCACAAGGGUGGAGCUGCACGAUACCCGACACCGGCUCCUGAAAAACACACCACCGCAUUCAACCAGCAACCCUACAACCAGCAAAACUACAACCAGGGCACCUUCGACCAAUCAGGAGCAAGCUUCGGAGGAACCGGAGGCUUUGGCCAAUCAGACUACAGCCAGGUGGGGAGUUACACCUCAAGUGGGUUAACGUCCUACUGACCGCACACCAUUUCACCUUCCAAUCACACACACAAGCUAAUCGCAGGGGCGGGGGACAAUUUCAUGGGCAAAGGGUAAGAAUCAGGUACUAUCAAAUUCUCUUAUUUUAGGAUCGAAGGUGGUACACAAUGAUGUGUUUAUUAUAAAAAAUCAGAAGUUCAGAAUCUUCACACAGAAGUUAUACUUUUUUUUUUUUGUCUUUUAAAAAUUACUCAUGGAAGUGUUUGCUUUUUUAAAAUUCAUCUGAAGGUAUAACUGAAGUCUGAAGGUUCCCUAAAGGCUUCUUCCGGACCUUUUAAAUGUUCUAUGUAGAACCCUUGCAUAGACUUGCAUAGAGUUUUUGCUGUCAGAAAGGGUUCCAAAUAGAAACCUUGACUAUCCAAAGCAUCCUUGAAGAACCUAGGGUUCCACAUACACAAAAAUAAAGCUGCCAGAAAAUGGUCUUUAGAACAGUGCUGUAGAAGAACCUUUGGUUUCCAUAAGAAGAUUGUAACUGAUGGAUCUUUAACCAUUUUUCUUGGUGACGCGGAGAACUAAAACGUUUGUCCCGCCAUAAAUGGUGCCAUUAUGUCGAAGAAUCUCUGGUGGAAAAUGAUUACUCUGUUUUCUUGUUGAAACAGCAGAAAUGGCUUAAAAAAAUUUUAAAAAUAAAAAAAAAAAGACGGAAUUGUUCCUUAGGGAGCCAAAAAUGUUUUUCGGGAACCAAAAUGGUUCCUCAAAAGAAGGGUUUCACGCUUAAGAACCUUUUAGAAGUGUACAGAGUGAUGGGAGUUCCUAAAAAGAGAUGCGGUUAAUCGAGAGAGACACUUUUAGAAACAGAAAACGACAUAGUUAAGGGUUUUUAGCUUCCUAAAGGGUUCCACUGGACAUCGUCUCUGACUGGGAAACGUGAGCUUAUAGGGGUUCUGCACUGAACUUUUAAGGGUUCCUCUACAGGGACAACCAAAGGGUUCUAGAUUUAUUAUCCACAUUUCUGACCCCAUAAUAUAAUGCCCACCCCCCACCCCCGUAUAUUUCUGUACCCUUUUCAGUUGUCCAUAUUGUGUUAACUUGAUGCAUGAAGAUGUGCUGCGAAAGAUAUUAAUAAAAUAAAGCCAGCAAAUGUAACAGAAAGCAGAGCAAUUCAUAUUACGUUGAAAUGAACCUGUGAAUGACAUACAUGUAUAUGUAAAGUUGUUAGAAUUUAAGAUACAUAUAUACGUAUAAUAAUACAUAUAUAUAUACGUAUUAUUAUUAUUAGCGAUUUCUUCCUGGUUUUAAUCUUUAAAGAGUUUAAAGUUGUUCUGACAUCAUCGCUGAGUUUGACUGACAUUUUCCCGGCUGUAGCAGUUGUCUGAGCUAAAGAGACGUGAGAUGGGAUAUAAUUGUGUGUCAAAACUGUUGCAUGCAAUACACGUUCCAUCGAGUCUAGUGCACAUCUCUUGCUGUUGAUCUAUAUUUCAUAUUCUCUUGUCUCUUUUCCCUGUACGCACUGUUCUGCGUCCUAAUUGGAUAUUAUUUAAUGAAAAAAAAGAAAGAAAUGAACUAGAUUUCUGUGGUUUAAAAAAAAAAAAAACAAGCCUGCUUUUAUGAUAAUUGCAAAACAUAGCAUUUAAAAAAAAGAAAAUAAGAAAUGUAUUGUUUAUUAUAGAGUUCACAUAUGCUGUUUGCUCUAAUGUGUAUCUUUUUAACUUUUUUUGUUGUUGUUGUUGGUAUUUAUUUCUUGUAAUUAAUCCCAUGGUGUGAAUGGUACUGCAUGUGCAUUUUGAGUCAUGCUAAUAAAAAUUGUCUACAGA